AUGGACGAGGACUAUCAGUACGCCCUAGACAUUUUCGAAUUGUUCGACUGUAAGAACUUCGGCGGUUACACGCACCUCUACAUCACGCUCGACGCCUUCACCUCUGCGACGUCGUGCUGUGGUUUUGAGUGCGUUGAUCCUUCGAGGUGGAGCGGGAUCGAUUCUGUCAACAUUCCUCACGAUUCGGAACGAGACUUAAAACACGUGUUGGAGCUGAACACCCCUCUCACAAAGAAACUCUUGCUGACGUGCAAUGACAAAGAAUGCAUCGUCGUUCAUUAUGCAUUGCUCGCUCUGUGUGAAAGCCUGGAAGAGCAGCUGAUGAAAAUUGAGGACGACUUGGAUCUGUCCUCCUACCCCGCGGACCACCCACUUUUCAACGACGAGCACGCGAAUCAGAUGGGAGUCAAGAAGAGCUUGGUCCCCUACGACGACAAGCACUAUCUUGUGGAUGCCGUGGACUCCUUCCCUUAUGAAAGCAGCGAAUACGCAUCGGAAAACCUGGAAGAGAGCCCCAGAGCGUCGUCGUCGUCAGGGAUCGAGCCCUGUGAGCUCCCUGUUGCUGCCUCCUCUGAUGCCACUCUGACCGAGCUCGUGGCUGCCGGUCCUUCAAGGCCCUGUGAGCUCCCUGUUGCUGCCUCCUCUGAUGCCACUCUGACCGAGCUCGUGGCUGCCGGUCCUUCAAGGCCCUGUGAGCUCCCUGUUGCUGCCUCCUCUGAUGCCACUCUGACCGAGCUCGUGGCUGCCGGUCCUUCAAGGCCCUGUGAGCUCCCUGUUGCUGCCUCCUCUGAUGCCACUCUGACCGAGCUCGUGGCUGCCGGUCCUUCAAGGCCCUGUGAGCUCCCUGUUGCUGCCUCCUCUGAUGCCGCUCUGACCGAGCUCGUGGCUGCCGGUCCUUCAAGGCCCUGUGAGCUCCCUGUUGCUGCCUCCUCUGAUGCCACUCUGACCGAGCUCGUGGCUGCCGGUCCUUCAAGGCCCUGUGAGCUCCCUGUUGCUGCCUCCUCUGAUGCCACUCUGACCGAGCUCGUGGCUGCCGGUCCUUCAAGGCCCUGUGAGCUCCCUGUUGCUGCCUCCUCUGAUGCCACUCUGACCGAGCUCGUGGCUGCCGGUCCUUCAAGGCCCUGUGAGCUCCCUGUUGCUGCCUCCUCUGAUGCCACUCUGACCGAGCUCGUGGCUGCCGGUCCUUCAAGGCCCUGUGAGCUCCCUGUUGCUGCCUCCUCUGAUGCCACUCUGACCGAGCUCGUGGCUGCCGGUCCUUCAAGGCCCUGUGAGCUCCCUGUUGCUGCCUCCUCUGAUGCCACUCUGACCGAGCUCGUGGCUGCCGGUCCUUCAAGGCCCUGUGAGCUCCCUGUUGCUGCCUCCUCUGAUGCCACUCUGACCGAGCUCGUGGCUGCCGGUCCUUCAAGGCCCUGUGAGCUCCCUGUUGCUGCCUCCUCUGAUGCCACUCUGACCGAGCUCGUGGCUGCCGGUCCUUCAAGGUACGCACAUGUUUGCCCAAACGCACUUUCCACUCAUCUAAGAAUAGCGUCUCAUAGUGCAUCUAUUCUCUAUAGGCCCUGUGAGCUCCCUGUUGCUGCCUCCUCUGAUGCCACUCUGACCGAGCUCGUGGCUGCCGGUCCUUCAAGGUACGCACAUGUUUGCCCAAACGCACUUUCCACUCAUCUAAGAAUAGCGUCUCAUAGUGCAUCUAUUCUCUAUAGGCCCUGUGAGCUCCCUGUUGCUGCCUCCUCUGAUGCCACUCUGACCGAGCUCGUGGCUGCCGGUCCUUCAAGGUACGCACAUGUUUGCCCAAACGCACUUUCCACUCAUCUAAGAAUAGCGUCUCAUAGUGCAUCUAUUCUCUAUAGGCCCUGUGAGCUCCCUGUUGCUGCCUCCUCUGAUGCCACUCUGACCGAGCUCGUGGCUGCCGGUCCUUCAAGGUACGCACAUGUUUGCCCAAACGCACUUUCCACUCAUCUAAGAAUAGCGUCUCAUAGUGCAUCUAUUCUCUAUAGGCCCUGUGAGCUCCCUGUUGCUGCCUCCUCUGAUGCCACUCUGACCGAGCUCGUGGCUGCCGGUCCUUCAAGGUACGCACAUGUUUGCCCAAACGCACUUUCCACUCAUCUAAGAAUAGCGUCUCAUAGUGCAUCUAUUCUCUAUAGGCCCUGUGAGCUCCCUGUUGCUGCCUCCUCUGAUGCCACUCUGACCGAGCUCGUGGCUGCCGGUCCUUCAAGGUACGCACAUGUUUGCCCAAACGCACUUUCCACUCAUCUAAGAAUAGCGUCUCAUAGUGCAUCUAUUCUCUAUAGGCCCUGUGAGCUCCCUGUUGCUGCCUCCUCUGAUGCCACUCUGACCGAGCUCGUGGCUGCCGGUCCUUCAAGGUACGCACAUGUUUGCCCAAACGCACUUUCCACUCAUCUAAGAAUAGCGUCUCAUAGUGCAUCUAUUCUCUAUAGGCCCUGUGAGCUCCCUGUUGCUGCCUCCUCUGAUGCCACUCUGACCGAGCUCGUGGCUGCCGGUCCUUCAAGGUACGCACAUGUUUGCCCAAACGCACUUUCCACUCAUCUAAGAAUAGCGUCUCAUAGUGCAUCUAUUCUCUAUAGGCCCUGUGAGCUCCCUGUUGCUGCCUCCUCUGAUGCCACUCUGACCGAGCUCGUGGCUGCCGGUCCUUCAAGGUACGCACAUGUUUGCCCAAACGCACUUUCCACUCAUCUAAGAAUAGCGUCUCAUAGUGCAUCUAUUCUCUAUAGGCCCUGUGAGCUCCCUGUUGCUGCCUCCUCUGAUGCCACUCUGACCGAGCUCGUGGCUGCCGGUCCUUCAAGGCCCUGUGAGCUCCCUGUUGCUGCCUCCUCUGAUGCCACUCUGACCGAGCUCGUGGCUGCCGGUCCUUCAAGGUACGCACAUGUUUGCCCAAACGCACUUUCCACUCAUCUGAGAAUAAUCUCAUAG